GCGUCUCAUUCCUCCUCUUCAUUCCAACCUCAAUAUGACUCAAGAUGGCCGCCAAUGCAGGAUCGAUGUCUCAAUAUUGGAAACGCUUUGACUUACAGCAACUACAGAGAGAGCUGGAUGCCACCGCCACACAGCUUGCUAACAGACAGGAUGAGAGUGAGCAGUCAAGAAAGAAACUCAUCGACCAGAGCCGCGAGUUCAAGAAGAACACGCCAGAGGAUGUACGAAAACAGGUGGCUCCUCUACUGAAGAGUUUCCAAGGAGAGAUUGAUGCGUUGAGUAAAAGAAGUAAAGAAGCAGAGACUGCCUUCUUGAACGUCUAUAAGAAACUAAUCGAUGUUCCAGACCCCACCCCAGCGUUGGAGCUGUGUGUGCAGCUGCAGGUGAAGCUGCAGAGGAUGCACGACGUGGAGACGGAGAACAGCAAGCUGAGGGAGACCCUGGAGGACUACAACAGAGAGUUCACUGAGGUCAAGAACCAGGGUGAGACACACACACAUAUGAACACAGACAUAUAUGCACACACCUACACAUGUCUGACUCUCUGAGUGGACGACAUUGAUCCCCUUCAUCUUAUAUGUUUAAGUUAAAUUAAGCAGCCUUGAUUGGCAGAGGCCAGAAGGGUAAGACGAUACGCUCUCCUUUAUCGAUUAUGUGUCUGGACUGGGAGACUGGAGUUGAAAUCACUCACGAGUAUACACACAUGCACAAACUACCAUCUAGUGCUUAGAGCUCUCCAUCAGUGACAACAAGCACUACAUCACACUUUGUCUCCCUCACUGAGCAAUGUCUUUUCAUCUCAUACACAUAGAUACACAAACACACAUACAUGCACACAGACAUACACACUAGGAGACACACCUGGUCAUCAUCAGAUUAGGAGACACACCUGGUCAUCAUCAGACUAGGAGACACACCUGGUCAUCAUCAGAGUUCUCUCGAUGGUCAUGUGAUAAUCUGGAGAUUAUCA